UAUACAGGAAACAACAUGGCGGACAGAGCUCCAAACACUUUACCGCUUUCAAGAGUUAAAACAAUUAUGAAAAGUUCUCCAGAAGUUUCGAGCAUCAGUCAGGAAGCAUUACACUUAACUGGAAGAGCAACGGAACUGUUUAUUCAAGCCCUGGCCAAGUUUUCUUACCAACAAAGCAGCAACAAAACAUCUCUCCAGUACAAGGAUUUGGCUGAAAUUGUCAAUUCAGAGGACACAUUACAAUUUUUACAUGAUAUUGUUCCAAGAAAAAUUAAAGCAAAAGAGUAUAUAAAAUUAAUGAAACAGCAGGAAGAUGAUGACUGAAGUGAAAAGCCGCCUAAAUCUUGAACAGAAUUUAAUGAACACUUAAGUGAAUAGCUAUGUAGUGUUGUACCUUCAAUCACUAUAUACCUUGGUUUAAAAUCUGCAUUAUUUGAUGCUUUUGUAUUGUUAAAGAUUCCCUAAGUUGGUUAAAAUUGUUAUGACAUUGUUACAUUAACAAUUUCAUAAAUCUCACUUGUUUGUUAUUAAAU